UCUCCGUGCUCCAUUUCCACCUUUUCAUCUUUCCCAUCUGGAGUAGGGCAACUGUGAGCUUGAAGAGACUUGUCUUUCAGGUCCCAAAACCACGAGCCACCAUGGACCUGUCCUUCAUGGCAUCACAGAUUCCGGUGAUGACGGGAGUCUUCAUGGAUUCAUCGGCUAUAGAUGACUACAGCACCGACCACUCUCUGUUUAACUCAUCCGUUUGUGUCCAUGCGGCAUCCAUGGCUGUUCACCUACCUCCGGAGGAACCACAGUCACUGUCCCGAGACGCAGUUUGGCUCUGGCUUGCCAUAACAGCUACCAUAGGGAACAUUGUAGUAGUGGGUGUUGUGUAUGCGUUCACAUUCUAAAAGCAACUCUGAUCGAUGUUGAGCCAGUGCGACCUCACAGUGAGAGUGCGACAGCGCACCUGGAAGUUAUGGAGGAGAAUAAUGAUCGAUGCAUGUAUAUUGCUCUAGAAAUGAAUGGAUUCAUACUUUUAUGUCCAGACUACAAUUGAAAUGUGCAAAGGUUUUGGCUUAGAAUAUACGUGUGACCUUGAUGUUGAC